GAGAUCACGCUGAGCAUUGUAUCCAAUUUCAGUUGGGUUGGUUUCGUGAGAAAAGGUGGAGAGUUAUGUUUGUGUAAAAAAUGUCGGGCAGUCGAUAGGGAUCGGUUCGCGCACUGACAACCAAAACAACAGUCCUCUUAAAGUCGUCUGAUAGUAACACGCUUUUUGCUUUUUAUUUCGAAAGUAGUAUGCGAUAGUGUAACUAGAAGAUCAUAAGAGGCAGAAACUCAUCUGUCAUCCCCUCUGACCCAUCGGCCCCCACCUCAGCUGUGACUGCGGAUGUCAGAGGCCGUGGGGCUCUCGAACUGGGGCUGGCAGUGAGGCUGAGUUCAGGCCCGGUUUGCGAUCCCUGAGUAAUGAACACGUUCUGGAGCAUGUCUGCAAACGCGGGUCGUAAGAGAUCUGACAGCGAGGACAAGGCAGGACCCGGGGAGCAGCGUGUCAGCCCUCCACGGGCCUCGUUUGGCAAGAAGCAGCUGCCCUCCAUCCCCAAAAACGCGGUGCCAGUCACCAAGCCUGCAUCGCCCGCCCCCUCUGCCCAGUCCACCAAUGGCACACACGCAUCCUACGGGCCCUUUUACCUGGAGUACUCUCUGCUUGCAGAGUUUACCCUGGUGAUCAAGCAGAAGCUCCCUGGAAUAUAUGUGCAGCCAUCAUACAGAUCAGCAUUAAUGUGGUUCGGGGUCAUCUUUAUAAGACAUGGCUUGUACCAAGAUGGGGUCUUCAAGUUCACCGUUUACAUCCCCGAUAAUUAUCCCGACGGGGACUGUCCUAAGGUGGUCUUUGACAUCCCAGUCUUCCAUCCUCUGGUGGACCCUGUUUCGGGAGAGCUUGACGUCAAGAGAGCUUUUACCAAGUGGAGACGGAACCACAAUCAUAUCUGGCAGGUGCUAAUGUAUGCACGCACCAUCUUCUACAAAAUCAGCACCCAGGAGCCCCUCAACCCAGAAGCUGCUGUGCUGUAUGAAAAGGAUGUCCAGCUCUUCAAGAGCAAGGUGGUCGACAGUGUGAAACUGUGCAACAGUCACCUGUUCGAUCAGCCAAAAAUAGAUGACCCCUAUGCAAUAAGUUUCUCACCAUGGAAUCCAGCUGUACAUGAAGAAGCAAAGGAGAAGAUGUUCACUCAUAAAAGACGGCCUGAGGAUCAUCACAAGGGACUGCAGGUGUCUGGAUUGUCGUGGGUAAAACCAGGAUCCACACAACCCUUCAGUAAAGAGGACAGCAGCCUCCAGACAUGAACCUGCAGCUCAACAUGCUGAACACUAGAGGGAGUCACCAGCACAAUGGCUAAUACCCCAGACUUGCUAGAGCAACUUCUUUUGUGUAAAUGAAUUUGAUUGGUUUAAACUUUGUCAGUUAGUAUUGAUACUGUUCUAAGUUACUGCCCAGAAUAGGUUAAAAGUAGGCUUUUGAUAUCCCUGCUAUAAAUUGAGAAUAAAUUACAUUUGAUGAGUCUGCAAUGCUUAGAGCCGUGAAUGACUACAGGUUUUCCCUUCCCCUCCUGAUCCAUAUGAAUGGUUUACGGCGUCUUUACAAACGAAUGCUUAAUACUAUAUUCUGAUGGGCCUGUCUCAUCAGUUGUAUAUGGCUUAGCCAUAUGUGUCACGUCUUAAAUAGUUCUAAUAUAUAUUGACAGAGCAAGGUAAAUAUGGUUUUUAAGAAGGUAAUUUAAUCAUGAUCCAUGCCUACUUCUGUAAUGUAAUUUGAAGUGUUUGGUUUAUCAUUUAGGCUUAUUGAUGUGUAAAUAUUGGAAGGAUUUGUGUAAAUGAAGUUGUUUGGACAGGUAGUUUUCUGGAAAUUCUUUUUGGCUUAUUAUUUAUGUACAUCUGGAAAGCUUUUUUUAUGUUUGAUUUACCAUUUGGCUCUGGCCUUUGUUUUCAAACGAACUAGUUUUUUUUUUUUUUUCUCCCAGAGGAAAUUACUUCAGACCUUUGUUUGAGAUACUGUAUAGGCAAUGCAUUUUUAAAAGGCAAAUUUUCAUUGGAAUAAAUUCAAUAAAAUCACUGAACCUGA